AUGAUUGAGCAACAGAUAAGACUCGAAGUUGAUUCAACAGAGCUGAAGUUGAAACCAAUUACUUACAGAUUAAUAAAACUUCUUGAUAUUACUUGGUUUGAAAUUAAAAAAUCUGCGUGUUCUCCGUAUAGCAUGGAAGUACUGGUUGGAUAUCUGAAAUGCAAAAAUAUUCGGAAUCAUUCAUUGAAAGUCAACUACUUCAUUAAAAUUAAAUCGAAAGUUGAUUCCCAUUAUGAUGGUGGUCGCAAAGUGCUCGAGUUCAAUAAGACACGUGCAUCUUCCUGUGUCUUGAGCACUCGUUGGAAGAAAAUUGCCGAAAAUGAUGAGUUUUGUAGCAAGAAAGGAAAAUUCGAAGUUUUCAUAACUCUGUCAUUCGUGAAUUUGAUGGACGAGAACGAUAUAAAUGGGCUUUGCUAUUUCGGAUCUAAUUUACACUUAUCUGACGUGGCCUUCCUUAUAAAUUCACAGAAAGUGUAUGCUCACAGACAGUUUUUAGCCUUACAUUCGGAUUAUUUCAAAGCAAUGUUUUAUUCUGAAUUCAUUGAAUCGAAACAAUUUGAGAUUUGCUUGAGAGACGUCGACGAGAAGGAUUUCAUCGAAAUGCUGCAAGUCAUUUAUCCGGAUCAAACUUGCUUGAAUCCAAUUAAAUAUGGCAAUAUUCACAAACUGCUUGAAGUAGCCGAUAAGUUUUCUAUGAGGACUGUUGUUAAGAAAUGUGAAGAGUUCCUAAUGGCGGACUUGAUAUUCCCAUUCAUGGAGAAAUUCCAAUUAGCUGAGAAACACCAAUUGGUGAGGCUUCAGGAGCAGUUGAUUCGUCAGAUGCACAAGUCGCAAUUAACCAAAUUACUUCGAAAGCAAGAUUUCCAUCACUUCAGUCACGGAACUCUUGUUCAGAUUCUUGGUCGUACGAAGGAGUUGUUGAGUUGA